AAGUCGACUCCUCUCUCUAAUCCUUGUCUAUCCUUUUUAUCUGGGGAUCCAAAGCGGUCAGAUCAGAAUGGGGCAUUGAGGCAGGAGACAAUGCAACGCCACUAAUGCUCCGAUAAAUGCGACAGACGACAGUUUUUUUUAGGAGAACAUAGCAGCGUGCGGAUUGCAGCUGUGAAGCAAAAUGUCAGUUACCUUUCGCUGGAUUUUGUGCUUCGCAGUGAUGGUCUUCCCUCUCGCUCAGAGCUCAUGCCCAUCUCAGUGCAGCUGCUUCUAUCACAACUUAAGCGAUGGGUCUAAAGCUAGGAGUGUUAUUUGCAACGACCCGGAGAUCUCUUUAGUUCCUGUAAAUUUUCCUGUGGACACCUCCAAGCUUCGGAUCGAGAAGACGGCGAUAAAGAGGAUUCCGAGCGAGGCUUUCUUUUACCUCCCGAAUCUGGAAUUUCUGUGGAUGUCUUUCAAUUCUCUCUCUUCAUUAAACACGGACAGCUUCCGCGGUCUCCACAACCUCGACGAAUUAAGACUGGACGGCAAUGCUCUAACCUCAUUUCCCUGGGAGUGUCUGAAUGACAUGGCCAAUUUGAGACUCCUUGACUUGCACAAUAACCAAAUGACCACAGUCCCCGCCGAGGCAACGUUUUACUUUAGGAACCUGACGUACUUGGAUUUAUCCAGCAAUAACCUGGUGACUCUCCCCUCGGAAGUUCUCUCCGCUUGGUUAUCGGUGAGACCCAGUCAGAGCGCAGAGAAUUCCAAGCUGAUUUUAGGUCUCCAUGACAACCCCUGGAUGUGUGACUGCAGGCUGUUUGACCUUGUCCAAUUCCAAAAGGUGCCCUCCUCUUCUGUGGCAUUCAUAGACACCCGGCUGCGGUGCGCUGACCCAGAGAGCCUCUCGGGGGUGCUGUUCAGUGAUGCCGAGCUCCAGAGGUGCCAGGGUCCACGCGUGCACACAGCAGUCGCCCGGGUCCGCAGUGCUGUGGGAAACAACGUCCUGCUGCGCUGCGGCACCAUUGGCGUGCCUGUGCCCGUACUGUCCUGGAGCCGUGCUGAUGGGCAACGUGUGAACGGGACAGCUGAGCAAGAGGCUUCGAAGGAAGGAAUUGUCUGGUCCAUCUUAAGUGUGCCUGCUGUGUCCCAGACUGACUCAGGAAAAUAUGUCUGCAAAGCAACAAACUUUGUUGGGACAGCAGAGGCGGUGAUUUCCUUGAUGAUAACAGAGGCACCUAAGGUAGAGAAUCAAACUAGCAGCUCUAAAAAACUCAAAGGAAGGAAACCGAAUGGAGUUGGAAAACCUGCCUACCAGGAGAAACUCGUGGCACGGUAUAUUGCACCAACGAUCACUACUCCAAAUCCUGUAGUCCAAUCAAUACGUUAUAAUGGACCAUACGCAGAUGUGGAGAGUUACAGUGUUUCAGACAGUAUUCUGAAUGAGCCCACGCCCAGUCCGUCUGUGACAGAUGGGCUGCUGGACCUCGAGAAGACCAACCUGAGCAAUCUGGCUGCCAAUGCCUCAUCUCUCCAGCAGGACCCUGACCGCGUGGUCAGGUCAGUUAAGGUGAUUGGCGACACCGACCACACAGUCUCGCUCAACUGGAGAGCACCCACGGCCAAGAACACCACGGCAUUCAGUGUCCUGUACGCUGUGUUCGGCGAGAGGGACAUGCGCAGGAUAAAUGUUGGCCCGGGCAGGAACAGGAUCACCAUUGAGGGCCUAGUGCCGAAGACCAAGUACAUCGCCUGUGUGUGUGUCAGAGGGCUCAUCCCCAGGAAGGAGCAGUGUGUCAUCUUCUCCACGGAUGCAGCUGCCAGUGCCAAUGGGACCCAGAAGCUCAUUAAUGUGGUGGUGAUCACGGUUGCCUGUGUGAUCGCAGUCCCACUGACCGUCAUCGUCUGCUGUGGGGCACUGAAGAGGCGCUGCAAAAAGCUGGUAGGGAGGAAGUCAAAGGAGAUCCAGGACUCAUAUGUGACCUUUGAGACUCUCUCCCCGGGGACUAAGGUGAAGGGCCUGGAAGGGGAGUACCUUGCCAGACUGAACCCAGAGGAAUCCAACCGGCUGCUCUCAGCUCGGUCCAGCUUGGACUCGGAGGCCACAGCUAAGAUAGAGGGACAGCCUAAUGAAUAUUUCUGCUGACCCCCCACCCCAAACAAGGACAGCCUAACGAAUACUUCUGCUGCUCCCUCACCCCAAACAAGGAUAGUCUAAUGAAUACUUAUGCUGACUCCCCCACCCUAAAAAGGACAGCCCAAUGAAUAUUUCUGCUGACCCCCCCACCCCACUUCCCCAAACAAGGACAGCUGAGUGAAUACUUCUGCUAUCCUCCACCCAAAACCAGAGCAGCCACAUGAAUACUUUUGACCCCCCACCUGAAACAAGGAUGUUGUAAUAAAUACUUCGGCUAUUCUUCAACCAAAACAAGGAAGAUCUAAUGAAUGCUUCUGCUAUCCUCAACCCAAAACAAGGAGAGUAUAGUGACUAUUUCUGCUAA